UCAUUUAAUAUGUGUUUUACUUUUUGUACUGCUGGGUGUAAGUCUCAAAAGCAAAGGAAUGGCCUGAAGAUAUAGCGUGGCGCCCCGAAGGAAGUGUAUUGAUGUUGAACGUCAAUACGACUGAAUAGUUUGGCGUGUCUGCUGCUCCCUUUCCUUGCAAUUGCAUGAGUUGAAAGAAAUUUCAGGAAGAAGGGGAGGAGUUCGGAGUUUGGAGUUCAUCUUUUGUUUCCCAUGCCCCAUUGGUCAUCUGUCAACUCCACGUCGUCGUUGACCUGAAUCUGCAACCUGAAGAGUGGAGUUGAAGGCUUGAACCCAACAAAACAUUCCAUCUUCCUCCAUUCUACUUUCCUUUCCUUUUUCUUACAUUUUCUGCUCAAUGGGUAACUGCUUCUCCGAUGACGCCGCUGCCCGCUCUGCCGUUGGUGCUACUGUCUUCUCCCAAAAUAAUACUUCCAACGUCGCCGUAGAUUGUUUCUUGUUGUCUCGGGGCUAUCGUGGCCUCUAUUCCCAGAUCGAGAUAUCAUUCUCUGCAUCUAACUUGCGCGACCGUGAUGUAUGCUCCAAGAGUGAUCCAAUGCUGGUUGUCUACGCAAAAAGACGGGACGGAUCUCUAGAAGAGCUUGACCGCACUGAAGUAGUUCAAAAUUCAUUAAAUCCAAAAUGGAUCCAUAAGCUUAAUAUUAACUAUCAAUUUGAGGUUGUGCAAACUUUGGUGUUCUUUGUGUAUGACGUUGAUACUCAAUAUCACAGCCUAGGAGUAAAGAUGCUGAAGCUAGAUGAACAGAAAUAUCUUGGUGAAGCAACCUGUGUACUAUCUGAGAUAGUUACCCAAUCAGACAGGUCACUUACAUUGAAUCUAGUAUAUAGAGAAGAGUCAACCAGCUCUACUCAUCCACACCACUGUGGAAAACUUACUGUUCAUGCUGAGGAGUGUUUUAGCUCAAAGACCACAACAGAGAUGAUAUUGAGGUGUUCAAACUUGGGACACAAGGAUCUCUUCUCAAGAAUUGACCCUUUUCUGGUUAUUUCAAAAACUGUGGAGAGUAAGAGCUCCAUUCCAGUUUGCAAAACUGAAGUAAUAAAGAAUGAUUUGAAUCCCACAUGGAAGCCUGUGUUCCUGAAUAUGCAACAAGCUGGAAGCAAGGACAGCCCCUUAAUAAUAGAGUGUUUUAACUUCAAUAGCAAUGGAAGGCACGAGUUGAUUGGAAAAGUUCAAAAGUCACUUGUGGAGUUGGAGAAGCUUUUUUUAAGUGGGGAGGGAGAUAACUUAUUCUCACUUCCUGCUGCUGGACAUGAUUACCAUAACAAAGUACUAAAAAGCCAACUAUUUGUGGACAAAUUCACUGAGAGCGUCCAACAAACAUUCCUUGAUUACUUGGCUGGUGGCUAUGAAAUGAACUUCAUGGUGGCUGUUGAUUUCACGGCUUCAAAUGGAAACCCUCGCCUUCCUGAUUCCUUGCAUUUCAUUGAUCCUUCAGGACGGCCAAAUUCAUACCAGCAAGCAAUCAUAGAAGUUGGAGAGGUAUUGCAAUUUUAUGACUCAGAUAAACGCUUUCCUGCCUGGGGGUUUGGAGCACGACCUAUUGAUGGUCCAGUCUCUCACUGUUUCAACCUAAAUGGAAGUAGUCACUACUGUGAGGUUGAAGGAACUCAAGGAAUUUUGAUGGCAUAUACAAGUGCGCUCCAUAAUGUGUCUCUUGCAGGACCAACACUUUUUGGGCCUGUGAUUAACAAUGCUGCAUUAAUUGCCAGUCAGUCUCUUGCAAAUGGUGGGCGGAAGUACUUUGUUUUGCUAAUAAUCACUGAUGGAGUGGUAACAGAUCUCCAAGAAACUAAAGAUGCUCUUGUGAAGGCAUCUGAUCUGCCACUGUCUAUUCUCAUUGUUGGAGUGGGUGGAGCUGACUUUAAAGAAAUGGAGGUUUUAGAUGCGGAUAAGGGAGGGAGACUUGAAAGCGCAACUGGACGUGUUGCUUCACGAGAUAUAGUCCAGUUCGUUCCAUUCCGUGAUGUACAAGGUGGAGAGAUUUCUGUUGUUCAAGCAUUGCUAGCAGAAGUACCUCAUCAAUUUCUGACCCAUGUUCGAAGUAGAGAUGUUCAACCAAAUUCUAGAUCAAGCUGAUCGUGCCGAACAUGUGCCUGAGAAAUUGAACAUUUAUUUGUGCAGUCAUCGCAAGAUGGGCAGUUGUGAGAUGUUGGACUGAGCUUAAAAUCUUUCGUUUGCAGUUCAGUGUUCAUACCAAUGCUAUGGAUAUAUCAGUUCGAUGGUUGGCGUUUUGCCAGGGGGGAUACAAGUUUAUUCGAGAGUGAUUGUCGGCUUAGUUUUGCUAGGAACCCUUUUCCAUUCAUAUCAGAGAGAUUUCUUUAUUCAUAUCUUCUGCUUUGCAACUUUAUUUGCC